UGGAAAGGUUGCACGGCAUUAGUCAUUGAAAAGAUGGUGAAUGAGGAAGAGGAGGGAACUCCCAAGCAGGGUGGCCCUAAAACAGCAGAGCCACAUGGGAUGCUGUCUGAGAGCUGCCAGAGUCAUGUGUCUCCAGACGUUGAAUCGGAAGGAAGUGAAACCAACGAGAUGGAACCGAGAAGCUCAAAGCAUGACCAGGAGAGCCAUCCUCUUGCCGUCAACGGUGACGUUUCUGACAGCGAGAAGGUUUAUCCCUCACAGACACAAUAUAUUUGCCCUGUUUGCGGGGAAUGUUUCAAUGGGAGUUCCUGUCUCGUGGAGCAUCAGAGGGUUCACAAAGAGGAGAAGCCACGCACCUGCCCUGUCUGUGGAAAAGGUUACAACCAGGAAGCUGACUUGGUGGCGCACAUGCAGAGUCAUACUGAUGAGAAGCCAUUUUCUUGCCUUGAGUGCGGGAGGAGCUUCCUUUUCAGCUCAGACCUGGUGGCCCAUCAAAAGGUCCAUACUGGAGAGAAACCUUACAUCUGCCUAGAGUGUGGGAAAGGCUUCUCCCAGAGUUCCCAGCUGAUGUCCCACCGCAGAGUCCAUACCGGGGAGAAGCCCUAUGAGUGCAUUAUCUGCGAGAAGAGCUUCCGGUCCAACUACGACCUGGUCAACCAUCAGAGGAGUCACACCGGAGAGAAACCUUACAUAUGCUCUGACUGUGGGAAGAGCUUCACCCGCAGCUCACACCUCAUUUCCCAUCAGAGAGUCCACACUGGUGAAAGACCCUACCCUUGUGGGAUCUGCGGGAAGCGUUUCCGGGACUGCUCCCAUCUCAUUCGGCACCAGAGGGUCCACACGGGUGAGAAACCGUACGAGUGCUCCAUUUGUGGGAAGAGCUUCCGGGUCAAUUAUGACUUAGUCACCCAUCAGAGGAACCACACCGGAGAAAAACCUUACGAAUGCCCCGAUUGUGGGAAAGGCUUUAAGCGGAGUUCGCACCUUAUCUGCCACCAGAGAGUCCACACUGGAGAAAGGCCGUAUCCCUGCGGCAUCUGCGGGAAAAGCUUCAGCUAUAGUUCAGACCUUAUUAAGCACCAGAGAAUCCACACAGGGGAGAAACCUUACGAAUGUCACAUCUGCGGGAAAAGCUUUCGGAUCAAUGCUGACCUGGUCACUCACCAGAGGAUUCACACCGGAGAGAAACCUUACACCUGCUCUGAUUGUGGGAAAUGUUUUGCCCGGAGCUCACGUCUUGUGUCCCAUCAGAGAGUCCAUGUGAAGGACGGGACCUUGGGAACGUCUCUUUCUGAAACUGAGUCAUCCCAGCCAGGAGCAGCUACUGUGUCCCCAGCUCCUGAGCACCCUUGGGCCAAGGAGGAGAAGCUGGCCCCAAGUGAGCCUCUGGCUCUGACCAGCCUCGGAACUUCUACUCAGUUCGUCCUUGGUGAUGCGCCUCAGGCUGGCCACGUGAGUGAAAUAAAGACAGAGUGCAAGAGCUGAGACACAAGAAAACUAGAAGGAAAACACUUACUUUCCAGUAACAAAGUAGUGUACGGAAUCUGGAAUCCCUUGCCCAUUUUAAUUAGCCUUCAUGGAUUGCUUGAUCAAACAAGAUACUAUCCAUGGCUUCCCCCCUCCCCCCCAGUGUGUGCAUAUUGAAGGAUGAAUGGGUUGAUCCAAGGAAGAAUGAAGUAUCCUGCGCCCGCAGCAUGGUCUCGUCAGCCGUAUUUCAAUUAAAAGCCAUUUUGACAUGGGCUGGCUUUGCUUCCCCAAAUAAAUUCUUGGAAACAUAGUUUGUUGAGAAUUCUUGAUUAAAAAUGUAUAGCAUAGAGGUGGGAGGGGAAGUAUACAAAAACGGAUGUAAUGUUGGAACCUCUUCAAAAAUAUAUUUAUUGAUGCAAGCUAAAACAAGUAAAUAUGGCACUGCUGUGUAUGGGUUGCCUUGAAAUGACAAAUGGAGCAAGAAAAAUAUAACCGAAAUUAGUGUUUAUUGUAGGGAAGUAUUUUCUUUUAAAAUAAUGCAAAGUAAUAAUCUCUUAUCCAUCAUGGUUGUUUCUUAAGAAAUCCAUACAACUUAGAGUUUAUUUGCUCUGUUCCUCAGUGGAAAGCCAUGACUUUUUAAGAAUAUGCUGAACACUCACAGUUCUUUUAAACUCAGUCUUCUGCUUCACCGAAACAUUCUGUUGUUUAUUAUCUUCUAACAAUUUCUCUCCUACGUUUGUGUGUGUGUAUUUUUAAUAAAUAAAACAUUGUUGCUAUAAUAAAAAUGCUUUAGUUGGGUAGAAUAAAGCUUUAAGUCAUUAAUAACACUAACUUAAUUUAUAAGCAAUGAUCUUUUUCGUACAGAUCAACCACUCAUACAAAGAGAGGGAAGCCCAUGGGAUGUAAGAACAGUUUUGCUUACUUCUCCCUCUCAUUUCUCAUGGAGAAGCUGUGCAGCCCCCCCAGCCUUUCAAUAGACACGUCCAUAUGUCUGUCAAGGGGAAGAAUUCUGGUGGAUUUUUUGUAGUAGUGCAGUGAAGGCAUCUCUCCUUUGGGUCUUAUCUCAAGGUGCAUUUAAAUCAAACUUGAGGAAUUUCAAUCCAGCUAUCUAAAACACAAGCCAAGUAUGACACAAAGGCUUGUUGUCUGUCUGUCUGAUCUAUUUAACAGAUCUAUCUGUCUGAAAUGUUUAUGCUCUUCCCUGGAGGUUCACCACUGAUCUCUUCUGGUUUAUUGUAUUCCUUCUAUUCAUUAAUCUUUUUUAUUUAUUUUUUUCCUGAAAUCGCUAACUUUCACUCACGGUUCUUCCUGAAGGGAAGAUGGGGUGCUGGUAACAGAUUUAGUCAACUUUGGGUGCAGUUAUAUCUGGGCUCGAUUGUGAGUAGAUGUGCUUGGGACUAUACUAUACUUGGGAUUAUACUUAUAUUUUGAUAGCAGCUAACAAAUUGAUCGUGAAAACUAUCAGUUGUUCCAGCUGUAGGUCCCACCCCAUAGCCGUAGGCCAUGAAGAAAUUGCGACCAGCAAGCAAGGCUGAUAAAUGGAGUAUUUUAUUAAUGCCUACAAUUUUUUUUUAGAGAAAGAGGCUCUGAACAAUGGCCUUAUCUAUGGUGCCUAGGUUCACACAUCUCUCUAAACUGCAAUUUUAUUUAAUAAUUUGUUGAUUAAGCCAUAGCACACUGGGUUCACACAUUGUGCAGUCUUAAAACUGUGGCUCAGAAACCACAAUAAAAUAAUAGAUGGUCUCACACAACUUACUAAAACAAUACCAUCUGCAUUACCUGUUAAAUAAAAGAGUCAGAACUCUUCCUUGUUGCACAAAUUCCCAAUAUCUUAGCUAGCGGUUUUUGUGGUCUUGCUUAUAGAGGUAGUCCUCAACUUACAACCAUAAUGGAGCCUGGAAUUUCUGUUGUAUGUCAUGACAAUUAUAAGUUGAGGCAACCAUGUGGCUGACACGAUUUUACAACAUUUUUUUACGGCAGUCAUUAAGUGAACACCAAUGUUGUUAAGUGUACCUAUUGUCCACAGUGGACAUUUUUUUUUUUUUUGCCAAAAAACAGAAAUAAAUGUCAGUUUCCAUGAAAACAAUAAUUGUAAAUUACUAUCCCACAAGUAUGGGAUACUGCAAAUGGGCAUAAAUGCAUGCAUAAAUGCUGAGUGCCAAAAUGUGAUCAUGUGACUGGAGGUCACGUGGCCAUUGGAACUUUGAAUCUGAUCUUAAAUAUGCUUUGGAGGGUCCAUGGUAACUUCAAAUGGUUGCUAAGCAACUGGUCAUGACAAGGACAACUUGAACGUAACAAAAACACUAAAGAUCAAGGGCAGAAAUGGGGAUUGGAAGUAGGGAGAGAAUGUACAGUAUAAGCCUUGGCAAAACCUGAGAAAACUGGAGAUAAAAGAUUGUUCAAUGCGUUGUUUAUAUUUGAUGAAUUGCACCUCCCAGAAUUUCCUGCCAGUAAAGAUAAUUGUGACUGAGCUACUUGUCAGAUUCUCUAAAGUAUCUGAAGAACACGUUGGAGAACGCUGCCCCAUUGCUGUAGAAUGGCACCAGCUUAGUCCUAAAGUUUUCAGCUACUACUGUCCAAAGUACUAGACUAUCGAUGAUGCAUUUGCCGAUAUCCGAUCGAAGAAACAACUAAUUUGAAAAUGUGUCUCUUUGAGCUAAUAUAAAAAGUUGAUUUUUACCAGUGUCAUAGAAGAAGUUUGACCAUGUUAAAGUUUGGCCAUGUUAUGUGGAAAAUGUACAGUUGAUAAAAAUGUUUCCCUCUUACUGGAUGACACACCUUUCACCUAGCUUUAAGGAGCAAUCUUGGAUUUAGAUGACCAUCUGCACAUUUAAUUGCAUUUCCUAGGGAUGCUUUUUCCAAAAGGCAACUGGAUUUUCUUGGUUUUUCCUUGGAGAUGUUUCACUUCUCAUCAGGAAAUUUCUUCAGUUCUAACUGAACUUUUGGAACAAAAUUCUGUCUUAUUUUCACAGAAAACAGUUAUAAAAUUAAAAUACAAACGAUAUAUAUACCAAACAAACAGUAACACCAGUGCAGAAUAUAAUCUCUUACUCUAAAGCAUAUAAUUCAUAGAUGUGUCACAAUAAACAGUUCCACAAAUGCUAUGUGGCUCUUUCUUAACAUAAUCUGCCUUGUGUUCCCAUAUUUUUCUUUAAAAAUAAAGAUUAAGUUCAAUUGGCAAAAGCGAAAUGCAAAAGUGCAACCAGAGAACCAUGUGCAGCUUAAAAUAAUGGACAAUCUGUUCAUUUAUUUUAUCUGUAUUGGUUUAUAUUAGUGGUGCAGAAGUGAUUUUUGCUAACAUUACACAGACGGACACAUUGGAUGGAUUUAUAUAUUAUGUUUACCUAAACAUGGGGAAACUGAAGGCCUCCAAUUUUUUUUAAAAAAAAAUUGAUUUAUAUGCAGCCCUUCUUCGGAGACUCAGGGCGGCUUACAAUGCGUUAAGCAAUAGCCUUCAUAUUUUUGUAUAUUUAUACAAAGUCAGCUUAUUGCCCCCACAAUCCGGGUCCUCAUUUUACCUACCUUAGAAAGGAUGGAAGGCUGAGUCAACCUUGAGCCUGGUGAGAUUCGAAUUUACAGUAAUUGCGGACAGCUGGUGUUAAUCACAAUGCUUUUAGUCUGCUGAGCCACCAGGCCCUUGGAAACCAAUUAAUGAUGGUUUCCAUAGUCAGUCCCAAACAGUAGGACCAGUGGUAAGUAAUGCUGGGAUUAUUCUUUAGCAACAUUUGAAAGUCAAGUUUCUUCACUCCUGCAGUAAAUCAUCAUACAGUUUUGCUUGGGCUUUGAAUUAGGUGCAAACUAGGCAGCUAGAGAAUAUUGACAAGAGUUUAGUUAAAACUCGGGCUUAGCACAAUGUAUGAACCCAACUUUUACUAGUUUAAAUAUAAAAAAAUAGGCAUGCUGUGACAAUUAAACCUUGUCAACUUCACAAAGAAUAAGGGUUUUCCCUCUGAAAAUAUACUAGGUAUAGAAGGAACUGAUGCUAGCGUAAUCAGAAUUUUCUGUAACUUGGCCAGCUGGACCGAAGGGAAGUACCAUUGGGAGCGUGGGGAAAAUCUUUUCUGUCUACGUAAGUUUUUUCUUAAACUUUCUUUUUGAUAUGUUUUAUUGAUCAAGUUUGUUUAUAUCUCAUGUUUACUGUUCUUCUGUCUGUAUUCCUAUAGACUUGGGGUUUGUUUUUUUUUUCCAAUUUAAAUUUACUGUAUUCCAGUUUCUUAUGGUAGCCAAUAAAGUUUGUUUGAAAUUUGA